AUGAAUGAAUCCUGCAGUCCGGAAGUCUGCUGCCCAACAAUGCCCUUUGAGGACAGCAGGAUACUGCUGGUUGUGUGCUACAGUAUUGUUUUUGCCUUAGGCUUGCCAGCGAAUUGCUUUACUACAUGGCUAACAUUUGUACAAAUCCAAAGGAAGAACGUUCUUGCCAUCUACAUUUUUGGCUUAUCGCUGUGCGAGCUGAUGUACUUGAGUACCCUGCCCCUCUGGGCUAUCUAUGUACAAAACAAACACAUGUGGGACAUGGGGUCAGUGGCUUGCAAGCUAACAGGAUAUAUCUUUUUCUGCAACAUAUAUAUCAGCAUUCUGCUCUUGUGUUGCAUUUCUAUUGAUCGCUAUGUAGCAGUGGUGUAUGCUUUGGAAUCCAAGGGGGCGAGGCAGCAGAGAACUGCAAUCUUCAUCACCUUCAUUCUCUUUUCUAUAGUUUUAGUAAUCCACUGCCCAGUAUUUAUUUUAAAAGAUAGCGAGCAGACUUCAAACCGUACAACCUGCUUUGAGACUUUACCACUCAACUUACAAUUGGCUUAUUUCAACAUUUCCAGGUUCCUAAUUGGAUUUGCCAUUCCUUGCACAAUCCUCAUUUUCACAAACUACAGAAUUUUCCAAAGUACCGAAAUAAGCAGCAGCUUAGGCAAACGCCAAAAAGCCAAAGUGAAGUACUUGGCUAUAGCCAUCAUCACCAUUUUUCUGAUCUGCUUUGCUCCCUACCAUUUGGUGCUCCUGAUAAGAUCCAUAAACUUUCUUUUGCAUCAGAAGGACUCAUGUUCAUUUGAACACCGCAUAUAUUCUACUUCUGCAGCAUUUCUGUGUUUAUCCACUGCUAACAGUGUUGCUGAUCCAAUCAUCUAUGUAUUGGCUAGUGAACAUGCUAGAAAAGAUUUCUACACGAGUCUGACAAAAUGGAGAUAUCAGUCAUCCAUCAAUAACAGCCUUAAGCUGAAAAAUUCAAAAGAAUCACAGGAAGCAGCACACACAUCGGAAAAUCAAAAUUUCACCACACUUUCAAAUGAACAGUAGAGGUUUCAACCAUCAACAGUGCCUUA